UGUGUGAGUGCGUCGGAAGCACUUCUCUAGCUUCCUCUCCUGCUUUAGUUUCAUUUUGAUAGAGUUCAGGCGUCAGCUGCUUCGAUAAACAAGAUGAAAGGCCCAGCUGAUGAUCACUAGUAUCAUGUCUGCAACUAGCCUGCUGUUAGUAGUACAGUGUUAACAGAGCAGGACCAGGGUGGACCAGUAAGUGUGGGCUACAGGUAAGAAGUCUCAAACAUGGUAGCCUCCGCCCUUGUUCUUGGCGCGUCCCGGGGAAUCGGACGGCAGGUCGCCCUGACCCUGGCACGUGCCGGUUACCAGGUGGGCGUGGCUGCCAAAACCGUCCAGGACGCGCCCAAACUCCCAGGAACCAUCCACACUGUUUCGAACGAGAUAACGUCCGGAGGUGGACACGCCCUUCCCAUCUCGUGUAACGUGAGGAAUCCAGAAGAGAUAAACAACGCAGUCAGCACCUGUAUCCGGGAGUUCGGCGGACUGGACUUUGCCGUGUACAACGCCGGGGCGAUUCUGUGGGAGAAGGUUAUAGACACGCCCCUGAAACGGUUCGACUUGAUGAUGGACGUGAACGUGAGAGGUGCUUACGUCAUGCUGCAGGCUGUGCUGCCGCACAUGUUGGAGAGGAAGGCGGGGAGGAUACUGCUGGUGGCUCCGCCCAUCUACUCACGCUUCUUCAGGGGAAAGACGCCCUACGCGGUGACUAAAGUUGGGAUGACGGUACUGGUGCACGGGUUGGCGAGGGAGCUCGAAAAUACAGGCGUCUCGAUAUCAGCGUUGUGGCCUGCAACGACGAUUGAAAGUCACGUGACCACGGUGAAGGGCGUACCACCCGCGUACUUCAGGAAGGCUGACGUCUUUGCCGACGCCUGUCUGGCUAUUGGUCAGGAACCAACAGAAAGGUUGAACGGCCAGGCUCUAAUUGACGAGGACUACCUGCGGAGUUUGGGGGUGACAGACUUCUCCAGGUACCAGUGUGAGCCGGGGACCGAACCGCCCCGCAUCAUGCCCCGCCACUUCCCUUCUCUCCGCGUACAGGAGGAGGACCAGGUCACCAUACCGGACUCCAAGUUAUAGUGUACAGAUGUCCUCACUUCUUAAUAUCAACCUCCAAGGGAAUUCGUUGAUAAUCAUUGGUUGACAGAUGAAUGAACGAAAAGUGGAGGUGCCAACAUCUUUGCUAAGGCAUACAUCACAUUUCCAUACCGGACCCGGGCGGGCAGCUUUCGGGAACGAAAAGUAUGAAGAAAAAAAACACCAAAAAUACACAAGACGUAAAGAAAAUAGUCGUGGGAAUUAUUUGUGUUUAUUUUACGUAUACAUGUCUAUCUUUUGUUUCCACAAACAGCCCGGUCGGACCCGGUUUGGGAAUGUGGCGUUAGCCUAACAAAAAACAUGUAACGUUAGGCUAGUAGUAUAUCUUCAUGACGUAUGGGUGGGCUUGAACAAGAUUUGAAGUGUGGCAGGGAGUUCAUAUAAACUCCUUCAAGUGUAGAAAAUAUUUCUAUGGAUACAACCUACACCGGUAACAUGUACAAUCUUCGCUGACAGGCAUACCUCAUCACCCGUUCUCACCACCAUCCAUUCCAUUACAAAACUACAGUGGAUAAAAAAAUCACUCGAUACGAUGUAUUCAUGAUUGGUAUUUGCUUUAAUCACGUAGUGGCUUUAUGGAAUUCAAAGUAGUGUCGUCAAGAAGUGGAAAUGUAACUCCGUGUCUUCCUAAUCCUUGUAUCAUUUGUUGUAGAAUAAUUCGCUGCAACUGGAUGAAACGUGCGAAAAUAAGAGCUUCCCAACAACUUAAGCACAGGGCAUGUGUAUGACACUGUGGAGUAGACGGUUUCAAAAGACUGACGGAAUGCGUAUUAUGGUGUUAUCCAGCCGCAGUGAUUUAUUCUAAAACAAAUAUCGUCUACCUGGAUGCCAGACUUACUUCUAUAUCAAUUGUAUCGUAUCAUUUCAGGCUGUCUAGGCUAUCUAACUACUGAAGCUUCGUACUGCUACUAUUGUAUUUACUGUGAUUACUGUUGCGAAUGAAGGAUUCUGGAUGGAUUCAAUGAUAUUUCCUGACCUUAAAUGUUAUUUCUAACCAGCACAGAUUGUUUUAUCGAUUUUGGAGUCAGUGCAAAUCCGCCUGCUCUGCUACAAAGUAAAGCCAUCUUAAGUGAAACCCUAGGCCUCUUCUUGUAUUCCAUAACAUCCGUUCCCUGUGUGACAGUAUAUAAUAUUCCACAAGUGACCGUCGAAAAAGAUGUGAAGACACCAAAUUCACAGCAAAUCAGCAAAUUUUCAACAAACCGAACUUUGCAUACCAAUAAUUCGUUGUGCACAAAUAUACAGAAUAUACAAAAAGUGUGACAAUAUGGCUUUGAAACAACUGUGAAUCCUCAUUACAGGGUGACGAAUUGUACAACGAAGUACUCUCCAAG